UGAGGAGCGGCGGUCAUGUGACCGUCCAUCUUGUCACGUGUCCUGAGGUCGCAGCUGAUGCAGCAGAAAGGAGCUCGGUUUAUUUGUCUCCUCGUCGUUUCUCCGGCGUCAGUCGCUUUUCUCCGGGUUUCGGUGGCUUGUCUCGGGCUCGGUCGGUUGGUUUCGGGCAGCUCGUCUCCUCGCUGUGGCGUGAGAACGACAGAGGAAGCAGAUGAAACAUGGCUGCUCUCUUCUUACUUCUUCUCUCCGCUCCUCUGUUCCACUGCGGCUCUGUCGGCGGCCCGUUAAAGCUCGAGCCCCUGAUGUUAGAAGAGCAACUGCUGUGGGUGAACGGUCAGGACUUCGUGAGCAGCUACAGGAUCCCGCUGCUCACCUUCACCCCCAAGGGAAGCCUGCUGGCCUUUGCUGAGGGCAGGAAAAUGUCAAGAAGCGACUACGGGUCAAAGUUCAUCGCGAUGCGGCGCUCCACAGACAAAGGAGCCACCUGGUCCCCGAUGUCAUUCAUCGCUGAUGAUGAUCGAUCAGAGCAGGACGGCCUGAACCUGGGCUCCGUGGUGGUGGACAUGGACGUGCGCAGAGUCAUUCUGAUCUACACCAUGUGCUUCCACCUGCGCGGCUGCAGCACCUCCAGCACCAUGAUGGUGGAGAGCAAGGACGACGGCCUGAGCUGGGGCUCGCCCAAAAACCUCUCAGCCCAGAUCGGAGUCAAGAACUUUGCUCCGGGGCCAGGGACCGGCAUCCAGAAGCGUCAUGAUCCAAACAAAGGCAGGUUGGUGGUUUGUGGUCACGGAACAAUAGAGGGUGAUGGUGUUUUCUGCAUCCUGAGCGACGACCAUGGAAAAACCUGGAGCAACGGCGCAGCGCUGAAAAGCAUCCCUUACAACCAGAAGAAGAGGCAGCAGGACUUCAGCCCUGACGAGUGCCAGCCAGUCGAGAUGCCAGACGGCAGCAUCAUCGUCAAUGUGCGGAACCAGAACAACUACCACUGCAGGUGUCGUGUGGUGGCACGCAGCCGUGACGGGGGAAUGACCCUGCCCAUAGAGGAUGUGUUCUUCGACUACGAACUGGUGGAUCCUGUAGUGGCAGCCGGGGUGCUGCAGAAGGAGGGAGUGAUGUACUUCAUCAACCCCUCCAACGAGUACAAGAGAGUUAACCUCACCUUGCGUUGGUCGCUGACCGAUGGGAACUCUUGGGAGAAUAACACGGUCCAGAUAUGGGCGGGGCCGAGUGGCUACUCCUGCAUGACAUCGCUGGACAACAGUGUUAUCGAGGACAAGAAGUACAUCUACAUCAUCUACGAGAAAGGCCAUAAAGACUCUAAUGAGGCUAUCUCGUUCGUCAAGAUCCACCUGUUUGGUGGCCGGUAAUGUUUGUGAAUAGGAGGUCAGGACGUAAACUUUAGGAAUCAAGCAUGAGGUAAAACAAAUGAGUGAUUUUUUUUACACUUGAUUUGGGUGAAAAAAACAUUUCUGAGAGGGACCACUGUUUAACUGUCACACCUUUUUUGGGCUCUCAAAUUCACUGAAGGGAAAAGGAAAAAAGAAGAGAUUGUUUGCUCCUUCCAAUCUCUCAGGGAGAAAAUUAUACACUUUUAAAACCCUGAUUAUUAUGCUAAAUAUUGGAAAUGCAUGUAUUUAAAGAUGGACAACACGUCCUCACUAUCCAGAAAUGAAGCCAAAAUAUCCCGGAUAGACACGCACCAUCGUGAGCUUUUGGAGCCAGAAUUUGUACGGUAGUGAUCAGGGGAUGGAGCUGCAGUGGUUAUAAAAGUGACCGAUCUCGAGUCAGCCUCAGCUGUCCAUAAUUACAUCUCCUUUUCUCCAUCUCCAUUUUUAUAGCAUCAAAUAACAAAUUUUUUUUACUGGAAACAAUGUACAUAUCCAUCAUACAAAAAUGCAUUUGAUGUGUAUUUAGUUUAUUUUGGUCCAUGUCCUAUCCGCACAAAUAGAGGAGGUGGGAUCAAUGAACUGUACUGCAGCCGGCCACCGUGUAGCAAUAGAAACGCCUUGGUUUCACUUUCAGGGAGCUGUGAUGUCGUCCAUCUUAAUAUACAAUCUGUACUUGGCACCACAAACGUCUAACAGAUGAAGUCUGAAAAUACCUCCUUGUUCCAUUCUUCAAAAUUCCCACGGUUGAUUGUAUCACAGGUUUGAGUUCCUUCUUUCCACACAAAAGGAAACAAUGACGAAGGGAUAGAUUUUGAUAAAUAAUGUACAGAUCAAAAGACACAAGUUUCUAUGUUAUUCAGACCAUAGUGAAAGUAUUGUCUAUUUUGAAGCUUCUAUAUUUAAAUAUUGCACAAUGCCUAUAGUAACUAUUUCACCAGUUUUCCAUGCAGUUUGACUUUAGACAAGUUGCUUGAUCUUGAUGGUCUAAAAACAUGAAUAGUGAUGCGACUCUGAAAUAUAAACUUCCCUGGCAUUGAUCAUCUGUUAUCUAUAAAUUGAAAGUAUGACUGUUCUUGGUUCUGGUGUGAAGUGAUUUUGUAUUUUCUCACAUAACACAGUUUUCUACUUAAGAAAUCAAAUCAAUCAAAAUCUAAUUAUAUUUUUGCUUGUAAUCAUGAGCAAUUUCAAAUUUUGUCUAUAUUGAGAUGUGUGUGCCAUGAAUUCAUUUUGAUUGUAACUGAUGCUUUUGUUGCUAAAAGCCUUUAGUGUGUGUGUGACUGGAUGUGGGAGUGAAGGGGAAAGUACAAUAUGUGUCCUCUUUUGCACUUAUACAAAUAUUAUGAUGUUCUGUAACCAGCCACGUGCCAUUGAUGCUUCAGGCAAAGGAUUCUAAUGAUGAUAAUGAGCAGGGACUGCGCAAUAAACACCACAUCAACACUGACA